AUGCGCAUACUGGUGUAUGGUUUGCCGUUAGACGCCGUUGAUGAGUAUGUGCAAAUUGGCACGUCAACUGCUCGUGAGGCUCUUAACCAUUUCUGCAGUGCUGUUAUAGCUGCCUUUGGGGAGGAAUACUUGCGUUCUUCAAACCCUGUCGAUGUGGCUCGUCUACUGCAAGAGGGUAGCUGCAAUGAUAUCAAUGUUCUACAGAGGUCGCCUAUUUUCUCAGCAUAUAUCCGAGGAGAGUCACCUCCUGUUCACUUCACUGUCAACGGACGGACAUAUGACAUGGGGUACUACCUUGCAGAUGGUAUAUACCCUGAUUGGCCAGCAUUUGUCAAGAGUGUUCGCCAUCCUAUGGAGAGGAAGACACAAUGUUUUGCUGCUGUGCAAGAGGGUGCGCGCAAGGAUAUUGAGAGAGCUUUUGGUGUUCUUCAAGCUAGGUGGGCAGUAAUCUGUGGGCCGGCUUAUGGAUAG